GAAAAAAAGAGCCACCGCGCUGUGCGACCCUCCCUUGCCCCCCACCCGCCCCGCCUCCGGUAAUGGCCCUUCUCCGCCGCCCCUGACCCAACUUUUCUCCAAUUUUCGCGACCUGUGAGAGUCUCUUCUUUUAGCCCUGGCCUGGGGACCCCAUCCCUGAGCCAAUCGGGUCACUAUGAUCCAAAGACUGCUUUCUACCCACAAGGCAUCCUCAGGCCCGCUCUCAGUUUGAGCCUGCCGUCAAACCUACUGGAUCCUGGGAUCCCCCUGCUCCGCUCUCAAUCUUCUCUCUCCCAGGGGCCUUGGAUUGUGUGUGUGUGUGUGUGUGGGGGGGUGUCUUUUGAUUCUAGAGACCCUGCCCUACCCGAUUUUCUUUUUUGGUUUCUUGCCAUCUUCCAAUAUCUGGGUGCCCUCCUUCAAACCAUUGCUUUUCUUUCUGUGCUGUGCUCCCUUGACUCCCGGCGUUUGACCCACUAGAUUCCUUUUCUCUCAUUGCCCAGGAUCCCGCCAUCCUUCAGUCUCUUAACCUGACAGAUUUCUCUCUCAAAUGCUUACGUUCUUACCACUACCGCACGAGAGCUCUCGGAUCUAGGUCCCAGGUUCCUCGGCGAGCUCCAGCGGCUCUGGUCCGGGUCUGGCCCCCAUGGCCGCCGCCCCCUCCCAUUCUGCCGGACUCCCGGGCUCUCCUGGGCCCGGGUCUCCUCCGCCCCCCGGUGGCUUGGAGCUCCAGUCGCCGCCACCUCUGCUGCCUCAGAUUCCGACCCCAGGCUCGGGGGUCUCCUUCCACAUCCAGAUCGGAUUGACCCGAGAGUUUGUGCUGUUGCCGGCCGCCUCAGAGUUGGCUCAUGUGAAGCAACUCGCCUGCUCUAUCGUGGACCAGAAGUUCCCAGAGUGUGGCUUCUACGGCCUGUACGACAAGAUCCUGCUCUUCAAACAUGACCCCACAUCGGCCAACCUCCUGCAGCUGGUGCGAUCAGCUGCAGACAUCCAGGAGGGCGACCUGGUGGAGGUGGUUCUGUCGGCCUCGGCCACCUUCGAGGACUUUCAGAUCCGUCCACAUGCUCUUACUGUGCACUCGUAUCGAGCUCCUGCCUUCUGCGACCACUGCGGGGAGAUGCUCUUUGGUCUUGUGCGCCAGGGCCUCAAGUGCGAUGGCUGCGGGCUGAAUUACCACAAACGCUGUGCCUUCAGCAUCCCUAACAACUGCAGCGGUGCUCGCAAGCGCCGCCUGUCAUCUACGUCUCUAGCCAGUGGACAUUCUGUGCGCCUAGGCAGCUCCGAAUCCCUACCCUGCACAGCUGAGGAGCUGAACCGUAGCACCACAGACCUCCUUCCUCGCCGACCACCCUCGUCGUCGUCGUCGUCCUCUUCCUCUUCCUUCUACACAGGCCGUCCCAUUGAGCUGGACAAGAUGCUGAUGUCCAAGGUCAAGGUGCCACACACCUUCCUUAUACACAGCUACACACGACCCACUGUUUGCCAGGCAUGCAAGAAGCUGCUCAAGGGUCUGUUCCGCCAGGGCCUGCAGUGCAAAGACUGCAAGUUUAACUGUCACAAGCGAUGUGCUACCCGUGUCCCUAACGACUGUCUGGGGGAGGCUCUCAUCAACGGAGAUGUGCCCAUGGAGGAGGCCGCCGACUACAGUGAGUCUGACAAGAGCUCCCUCUCGGAUGACUUGGAUGACUCAGGUGUCAUCCCAGGCUCCCACUCGGAGAAUGCUCUCCAUGCCAGCGAGGAAGAGGAAGGCGAGGGAGGCAAGGCCCAGAGCUCACUGGGGUAUAUUCCCUUGAUGCGGGUGGUACAGUCUGUGCGACACACAACCCGGAAAUCAAGCACUACCCUGAGGGAGGGCUGGCUGGUCCAUUACAGCAAUAAGGACACACUGAGGAAGCGGCACUACUGGCGCCUAGACUGCAAAUGCAUCACCCUCUUCCAGAACAAUACAACCAACAGAUACUACAAGGAAAUCCCACUAUCGGAAAUCCUUGCAGUGGACUCAGCUCAGAACUUCAGCCUUGUACCUCCGGGCACCAACCCACACUGCUUCGAGAUCGUCACGGCCAAUGUCAUCUACUUUGUGGGCGAGACACCUGGCGGCGCCCCAGGAGGGCCGAGUGGGCAGGGAACAGAGGCCAUUCGGGGUUGGGAGACAGCUAUCCGCCAAGCACUGAUGCCUGUUAUCCUCCAAGAUGCACCCACUGCCCCAGGCCACACACCCCACAGACGAGCUUCUCUGAGUAUUUCUGUGUCCAACAGUCAGAUCCAGGAGAAUGUGGACAUCGCCACUGUCUACCAGAUCUUCCCAGACGAGGUGCUGGGCUCUGGGCAGUUUGGAGUUGUCUAUGGAGGAAAACACAGGAAGACUGGUAGAGACGUUGCAGUAAAAGUCAUUGACAAACUGCGCUUCCCCACCAAGCAGGAGAGCCAGCUCAGGAAUGAAGUGGGCAUUCUCCAGAGUCUGCGGCACCCCGGCAUCGUGAACCUCGAGUGCAUGUUCGAGACCCCUGAGAAGGUAUUCGUGGUGAUGGAGAAACUGCAUGGGGACAUGUUGGAGAUGAUCCUCUCCAGUGAGAAGGGCCGGCUUCCUGAGCGCCUCACCAAGUUCCUCAUCACGCAGAUCCUGGUGGCCUUGAGACACCUGCACUUCAAGAACAUCGUCCACUGUGACUUGAAACCAGAGAACGUGUUGCUGGCAUCUGCUGAUCCAUUUCCUCAGGUGAAGCUGUGUGACUUUGGCUUUGCUCGCAUCAUUGGUGAGAAGUCCUUCCGGCGCUCCGUGGUGGGCACACCCGCCUACCUGGCACCCGAGGUGCUGCUCAACCAGGGUUACAACCGCUCGCUUGACAUGUGGUCCGUGGGUGUGAUCAUGUACGUGAGCCUCAGCGGCACGUUCCCCUUCAAUGAGGAUGAGGACAUCAAUGACCAGAUCCAGAACGCAGCCUUUAUGUACCCAGCCAGCCCCUGGAGCCGCAUCUCAUCAGGAGCCAUCGACCUCAUCAAUAACCUGUUGCAGGUGAAAAUGCGCAAGCGCUACAGCGUGGACAAGUCUCUCAGCCACCCCUGGUUACAGGAGUACCAAACAUGGCUUGACCUCCGAGAGCUGGAGAGAAAGAUGGGCGAGCGAUAUAUUACACACGAGAGUGACGACGCGCGCUGGGAUCAGUUUGUGACAGAGCGGCAUGGGACAUCUGCAGAAGGGGACCUGAGUGGCGCCCGUCUGCCGCAGGACCACGAGAUGCAGGGGCUGGCUGAGCGGAUCAGCAUCCUCUAAGGCUAGCGUUUCCCUCUGGGCUGCUUUCCGCGGAAUCCUGCGCUCCAUCCCUGAAGCAAACUGUUCUAGGGGAAAUGGCUUCCUGCACAGACUAGAUGAGGCACUAUGCAGGGGGACAGGGGAAUGGGGCAUCAGUCAACAGAGCUGUCUUUCAGUCAUUGAAAUAGACUCUUCUGGGGGCCAUGGUCGCAGUCUCUGAUGCCACUGCCCUAGAGUCAUUAGACUGUUGCCCACAAGAAGGACUGUAUGAGAAGGAGGCUCCAAGGCUGGAGGAUGACUCUAUCUAUGGCUAAAGGCACUUGCCAUCAAGCCUGACAACUUGAGUUUGAUUCCUGGGACACACCUGUUUGAAGACGAGCAUCAACUCCCGCCUGUUGUCCUCCAACCACCACAAGUGCCCACACAAACACACACAAAAAAUAAAUGUACUUUUUAACAGUGAGGCUCCCACUGGCCAUGGUGAUACGAGUCUAUAAGCCCAGCCCUUAAAGAGGCUGAGGAAGGAGGAUUGCUUUGAGUUCAAAGCUAGCCAGGGAUACAGAGUACGACUUGGUCUCAAAAGAGACAGUCUAUGUGGUAGUUCCAGUGUUUGGGAAGUGGAGUCAGAAGGCUAGGUGUUCAAGGU